AUACUGUAGCCAAUUGUCGAAGUCUGGACCUAAGGAGAUAACUUCCGUCCUAGUUCAGCCAACCUUUGCCCUUACGUUCUUCCUUCUUUGGAAUUUUGGAUUAUUAGUUGUUGAUCACAUUCAUUUUCAGUACAAUGGAUUUUUGACUGGCAUAUUGCUGCUGUCAAUUACACGAAUCUGUCAGAAUAGAAAUUUAGAAGGUGGUUUCUGGUUUGCAGUUUUACUCAAUUUUAAGCAUAUUUACCUGUAUAUUGCACCUGCCUAUUUUAUCUACCUGCUCAGGUGUUAUUGUUUUACAAGGUCAAAGCCAGAUGGACGAGUGGUGUGGAGUAGCCUGUCGUUGGUUAGAUUGAUCAUUCUUGGGCUGGUUGUUAUAUCUGUGUUUGCUCUCUCUUUUGGACCAUUCAUUUACAUGGGUCAACUUCCACAAGUAGUAUCACGCCUGUUCCCAUUCAAGAGGGGGUUGUGUCAUGCUUACUGGGCGCCAAACUUCUGGGCUUUAUACAACUUUCUAGAUAAAGCACUUACAAUCAUAGGAACAAAGAUUGGUAUUUUGUCAGUUGAAGCCAUCAGCCAGAAUGCAGCCAUGACUGGUGGUCUUGUACAAGAGUUCCAGCACACUGUCCUACCAUCAGUGCCACCGCUGGCUACAUUCAUACUAACUGCUGUCUCAGUGCUGCCCUCUUUAUGGCACCAAUGGAGACAUCCAAGCGGUGCCAAUGGAUUCCUGCGAUGCCUCACAAUCUGUGCAUUCUGUUCCUUCAUGUUUGGUUGGCAUGUACAUGAGAAGGCCAUCAUACUUAUCACCAUACCUCUUAGCCUUCUAGCUGUCGAAAGCUACCGUGAUGCCCAGAUUUUUCUUCUUCUCACAACUGUCGGCCAUUAUUCAUUGUUCCCAUUAAUUUUCAAGCCAGCAGAAGCUCCAAUAAAAUUGUGUCUGCUUUUAUUAUCAACACUCAUAUCUCUGAUAACUUUAUCCAACAUUUACAAAAGCUCCAAUAAAAUUGUGUCUGCUUUUAUUAUCAACACUCAUAUCUCUGAUAACUUUAUCCAACAUUUACAAAGUUCCAAAAUCAUCAUGGUUACCACACAUUCCAUUACUAACACCUUUGGAAUCACUGUAUAUGCUAGGCCUGAUUCCUUUGUACAUUUAUUGCAAUCUAGGGCAUUAUGCACUUGGUCUAGGAGACAAACUAGCUUUUCUACCCUUGAUGCUGACCUCAGUGUACUGUGCAGGGGGCGUUUCAUGGGUCUGGCUUAAAUUUUAUUAUAACUCAUUAAAGAGAGAAGGAAGAUUGGAAUCGCAAAAGGAUAAGAAAAUUU